AUGAUUUCCCGAAGAAUCGACCAGUCCAGUAACGCUCAUUCGCAGUCUUUUUCAGCAUCACAGAACCUCCGACGUGGAAAACGCCACGAUUCCGACUCCAUUUCAGCAUACGAUAACCCAGACUCAUCUGAGUCCGUCCUAAGCGAUGAAAGAUCCAUAUACAAUGCGAUCAGAGUCACCACACCAAGUGAAUCCAGCCCUCGUUUCUAUGCAUCUUUCGCCCAUGAGAACCCCGUUCAUGAGCAAGGUUUAGCGGUAAACUUGGCCAGAUUCGUUUCUACAGAUUCACAGGAUGAUCAAACCCCUAUCCAUGUGCCAGCCAGGCGAGGAAAACGACAGAGAAUUGUUGGAAAGCUUGGGGAUCACACCAAGCUGUUAUCCGACCAAUGCUGGCAAGCCACGCACCGGUCGAGACGUGCUUUGAGUAGAACGACAUCGGUACCAGAACCCCAUCGGUCUUCGCAUCGCAAGGCUGUUUCCCUCGGUGAGGGUAGUAUCCGCAGGCCUAGAUGGCCUGGGGGCUUGGGACCUGCAGUAGCGACCGUCCAGCCUCGAUAUCCACCGCCACAAAGAACGCCUACACCCCCUGGCCUUCCCUCCUUCGGAACAUCAGAGGCUAUGACCAUCUCUCAACGGUUCAUGAUCCCAGACAACGGUGCACGGUCACGCGCAAACUUACAAGGUGGUGGUCCUGCUAGUGGUCAGCCCAGUUCGUAUGGCGACACACUAAGGAGAUUAUUUGGCUUGCCGUCUUCCGCGUCUCAGGCUAAUGGGAUUUCCGUUAAUGGUAUAGGAAGGGCCGAGGAUGGCACGCUGGUACAGGGCCGGUUCCCGCAUCGACAAAGUGGCCAUGGGAUGCACGUCGGUCGACCGCUACAGGACCACCCUUUCCACCAACGCAAUCUUCCCAUUGCCCACCAUGAAGCCGCAGGUACAAGCCACGAUCCUUAUAUUGAAGCUGCACACACGAAGGGUGGUCUUGGAGGAAGCCCAAGCAGGCGUGUCCAGCCUGUGACCAGAUCCUCGUCUAGACCCUUUCCAUCGAACCCGGCCCCUGCUGUGGUAAACCGCCCACCGCGGCCCAGAGCCACUGCACUUCUCAGUUUGUCACAUAACUUGGCUGCAUCAGACGGUCCUACGGUUUCAGCGGAAUCUUCUGCCCAAGGGACCAGAGCAACUGGAGACCAUCUCCCUCCCAAUCCAUCGCGGCUUCAUUCGGCUUUCACGAUGGCUGUCUGCGGCGGCGGUGCAGAUGAAGGCUCUCACGCAAGCACGCCCGUCUGUCCGGACAUUUUGUCCUGGGUGAAAUUCCAUACUUGCCUCUGCUGCUGCUCAGGCAGCCAUGAGGAGUCGGAUGAUUCUCUCGGGGUAACCAGCUCGCGGGACACAUAUGUAACCGCCCAGAGCCAGGUGUCUCCUACUGCAUCUCAGAAUGAAAACAGUGAGGAGAAUACUCGUCUCCAUAGCUUCCAGGAAUGGAUUUCAUCUCUGUACGGUGUCAUGUUUCCGACCCUUGUGAGCCCUGCCGCUGUAUAG